GUCAAAUUCCCAAAACCUUGUAGAUAGCGGCUGUCGGUCUACACGAAUUUGUAAAUCACGAAUUUUCACCAAAUUAUUAUAUUUUCGUGAGUGAAAACCAUCAAAAUGGUUGAGGCACAGAAGUUUAGGAUUGAGCAGGAGAUGACGAACCUUGUCAAUGAGUUAGACAAGAGUUAUUUACGUAAAAUGCAAGGUGACAUGCACAGAUGUGCAGCAAAGUGUUGCGAUGACCCUCAGACGUCUUUAGAAAGAGUGCACGGAUGCAUUGAGAACUGUACGAGUUCACUCAAUCAAGCUAAUAAUUAUGUUCAGGGCGAAAUCAAUCACUUGCAAAAUCGGCUACAGAGAUGUGUAAUGGACUGCAAUGAUCAUGCCAGAGACAGAUUGGGACCUGACCCUAGUCAGGAGACGGUAGACAAAUGUACGAUAGAAUUCGAGAAAUGUGCCAUAAAGUGUGUGGACAAGCACAUCGCAAUCAUUCCCAGUAUGAUGAAGACGAUGAAAUCAGUUCUGGCCAGCGGCAAGCCUCCACCACCGAGGACCAACUAAGAAGACCUCCGUAGUUUAGUGUCCUGGGGCCUUAGUCUGCUAUUACAAUUGUGUCAGAAUGGUCGAUCAUUGAGCAGUGCGAGAGGGACGGAGCUAUGUAGGUUGUAUAGCUCCAUCCCUCUCGCACUGCUCAAUGAUUGACCAUUCUGACACAAUUGUUCAUUAUCAAAGGUCUUUGUAGAACAAGUUAGGUUGGUCAGUGUGUUUAUAAGUCUGUUAGCAUGUUAGUAUGUUUCUCAUCAUCAUUAUCAGCCGGUAACUGUCUCACUGCUGGUCAAAGGCCUCUUCUCACACGGAGAAGGUUUGAACAUUAAUCACCACACUUGCUCAAGGCGGGUUGGUGAUUUUAAACUUGUAAUUUGGUUAUUAUAAGUCCAGGUUUUCCUUCACCGUUUGUCAGUGGUGUCUAAAUAAUCUUUGAAAAUACAUUGUAACUUGGUAAAAGUCAUAUUGGUUCUUGCCAGGUUUCCUACUAAUUAUUGGGAUAAAUAAAAUAACUGGAAGAUUGUAUAUUACAAAUAAUUGGUUUUUUGUAAAGAGCUGUCUAUUCCUUUGCCUUUAGAGCAGAGGCACACGAUGUGUUGCGGCGGCGCAUGAGCAGUGUCGCUGCGUCGUCUAACAUAGAAAUAUCUGUGGCAUGUCACACGAUACACCAGACUUGCAACCACCAAGACGAGGUGGGGAGGGGUGAAUGCGUUGCGACGUCGGAGCGGCACCGCUCAGUUGUUUUGCGUCACAAGGAAACUUUCAUUAACAGACUGUCCAACGCUGCUACGGUGCCGCUGCGACAUAACGUUGCGGUGCCGCACCGCUCGUGUGCCCACUGACACGGUGAAACAUUUGCGGAGCGGAGCUGCAACGCAUCUUAUGCCCGCGCUCUUAGGGUUGUAAAUGCGAUGUAUUGUUAUAUUAUGUAUGUUUAUUGUUACUGUUACAAAUCUGUUUAAAAACAUC